GCCGGCUAUGAGGGGGCGGGUCGAGGCGCCGCAGGUAACAGUCGAGAGGGGCCGUGUGCACACUCCUCAACCUUCCCCCGCGCCGGUCUGUGCUCAGCUCCUGUGCCAUCGUCGUGGUGGUGCAGCAAGUGUGAGAAAGUCAUACAGAGCAGUGAGAUAAAGAGACGGUUUAAGAGGACCAGGAGACAAAGAGACGGGAAUCGAGGAAUCCCUUUUACCCGGGAGGAAGCAGAAGACGUCCUUCAGUAGUUCCUGAAGGGAUCUUAGAUGAUUUGGAAGCUGAAGAGCUCGACAGCGGGAUAGAUGAGUGAAGGAUAGUACCGGCCCAAGAGGGACGGUGAAGCAGGGAGCGUGGUGAGCUGGAGGUGAUCGCCGCCGCCGCAGCCAGCCUGCAGGAUGGCUACUAUAGACGGUCGUCCAGCGCAGUAUGGCAUCACUCUGCGGCAGCUGCGGGAGCUCAUGGAGACCCGUGGCCAAGAGGGUAUCGAACUCAUCCACCGGGAGCAUGGCAGUACCCUCGAGAUCACCAAGAAACUCUACUCAUCUCCUACCAAUGGGUUGAGUGGAAAUGCUAGCGAUAUGGAACAUCGGAGGCAAACAUUUGGGUCGAACACCAUACCUCCGAAGCCUCCAAAAACGUUCCUUAUGCUAGUAUGGGAAGCUCUCCAAGAUGUUACCCUUAUCAUUCUCCAAGUAGCAGCAGUUGUGUCCUUGGGUCUGUCGUUUUAUAGACCCCCAGAAGAAGUGGCAACGGGAGCGCCUGAAGAGGGACAAUCUUCCGAAGCUGGGGUCCACGAUGAGAGUGAGGAAGAAGCUGGAUGGAUUGAGGGUGUGGCAAUCCUUAUUUCUGUGGCAGUUGUUGUUUUUGUCACUGCCUUUAAUGACUACACAAAAGAAAAACAAUUUCGUGGCCUACAAAACCGUAUUGAAGGCGAGCACAAAUUUUCUGUUAUUCGUGGCGGAGAAGUUCAGCAGAUUGGAGUGGGAGAUAUUGUCGUCGGUGAUAUUUGCCAAAUCAAGUAUGGUGAUUUGCUACCAACUGAUGGUAUCUUGAUACAGAGUAACGACUUGAAGAUAGACGAGUCGUCUCUAACAGGAGAAUCAGACCAUGUUAAGAAAGGGGCUGACACUGAUCCAAUGCUGCUCUCAGGGACUCAUGUGAUGGAGGGGAGUGGGAAGAUGCUGGUCACUGCCGUUGGGGUGAACUCUCAGGCAGGUAUCAUCUUCACGCUACUCGGAGCUGCAGCAGACGAAGAACAGGUUGAAGCGAAGAAACGAAAAAAAGAGGCCAAAAAGCAGCGGAAAAAACAGAAGAAGGGCGACUCGGGCGAAGAGUUGAUUGACGCCAAUCCUAACAAGCAAGGGGACGGUGAGGCUGCUGCGGUGACGGGUAACUCUCACCACGUGACGGUCAACUCUGCUAAUGCCGAUGGGGAUGUAAGAAAUAAUAAACAUUCAAAAGAGGAGGAGGAGGAGGAGGAAGCACCACACAGACCAUCAGGUAGUCAAGAGAAGUCGGUGUUACAAGCUAAGCUUACAAAGCUGGCUAUUCAAAUUGGUUAUGCUGGUUCUUUCAUUGCUGUGUUAACAGUUGUGAUUCUGAUACUCCGUUUCUGUGUACAAACUUUUGUUGUGGAAAAGAAACCCUGGUCUCCAUUUUAUGCUAACCAUUUUGUCAAGUUCUUCAUCAUUGGUGUUACUGUGUUGGUGGUGGCAGUGCCGGAGGGUCUCCCACUGGCUGUCACGUUAUCACUUGCUUACUCUGUCAAGAAAAUGAUGAAAGACAACAACUUGGUGCGCCAUCUGGAUGCCUGCGAGACCAUGGGUAACGCCACAGCCAUUUGUUCUGACAAGACUGGCACCCUCACAACCAACCGUAUGACUGUUGUUCAGUCGUAUAUAGGUGGUGAAACCUACAAAACCUCACCAAAAUAUGAAUCACUACCACGUAAUGUUGCAGAGCUUUUGCUCUAUGCUAUUAGUGUUAAUUCUGCCUAUACAUCACGUGUUUUGCCAGGAGAUAACCCAGGAGAUCUCCCUAAACAGGUUGGAAACAAAACCGAGUGCUCUUUGUUAGGAUUUAUCUUGGACCUUGGUAAGAGCUAUCAGGCCAUCCGUGAUGAAGUGUCUGAAGAAAGUUUCCACAGAGUAUAUACAUUUAACUCUGCCAGAAAAUCCAUGUCGACGGUGGUGCCUCGAGACGGAGGUUACCGCAUCUACACGAAAGGUGCCUCGGAAAUUGUCAUGAAAAAGUGCUCCUUCAUCCAUGGAAAGGAUGGCAGACUAGAGAGCUUCUCGAAGUCGAUGCAAGAUCGUCUAGUUCGAGAAGUAAUUGAACCCAUGGCGUGUAAUGGUCUUCGCACAAUCUCUAUUGCAUACAGAGACUUUGUUCGAGGAAAAGCUGAAAUAAACCAGGUGCACUUUGAAAAUGAACCCAACUGGGAAGAUGAAGACAACAUUAUCAGCAACUUGACUUGUCUCUGUGUAUUGGGCAUUGAAGAUCCAGUGCGACCUGAGGUACCCGAUGCCAUCCACAGAUGUCAACGGGCGGGCAUUACAGUUCGCAUGGUUACCGGCGACAAUAUCAACACUGCACGCUCCAUUGCUUCCAAGUGUGGCAUUCUGAAACCAGGAGACAAUAGCCUUAUUUUAGAAGGAAAAGAAUUUAAUAGGAGAGUUAGAGAUGAGUCGGGCAAAAUCCAACAACAUUUAAUAGACAAACUGUGGGUGAACCUGCGUGUGUUGGCCCGCUCAUCUCCUACAGAUAAAUACACAUUAGUGAAAGGUAUUAUAGAAAGUAAAAUAAAUGCCAACAGAGAAGUGGUGGCUGUAACUGGUGAUGGGACCAAUGAUGGCCCUGCCCUCAAAAUGGCUGAUGUCGGCUUUGCUAUGGGCAUCGCUGGUACUGAUGUUGCAAAGGAGGCAUCAGACAUUAUUCUGACAGAUGACAACUUUACCUCAAUUGUCAAGGCUGUCAUGUGGGGGCGCAAUGUAUAUGAUUCCAUUGCUAAAUUUCUACAAUUUCAGUUAACAGUAAAUGUCGUUGCUGUUAUUGUAGCAUUUGUUGGUGCGUGUGCCAUCAAUGAUAGCCCUCUUAAGGCUGUACAAAUGUUGUGGGUGAACCUUAUCAUGGACACACUGGCUUCCCUGGCAUUGGCAACGGAAGCUCCAACGCCUGAUCUCCUUCAGCGAAAACCCUAUGGUCGCACCAAACCUCUCAUCUCGCGCACCAUGAUGAAGAAUAUUCUAGGUCAAGCAGUGUACAUGAUUUUGGUUAUAUUCGUUUUGUUAUUUUAUGGUGAUAAGUUGUUAGACAUAGACUCUGGACGUUACGCUGACAUCCGUGAUCCACCUUCCCAGCACUUUACCAUCAUCUUCAAUACUUUUGUUAUGAUGACUCUCUUCAACGAAAUCAAUGCACGGAAAAUCCAUGGGCAGCGCAACGUUUUUCAGGGCUUCUUUAGUAAUCCCAUUUUCUACAGCAUUUGGCUGAGUACACUAGCAAGUCAGGUUGUGAUAGUACAGUUUGGAGGUAGGGCAUUUUCCACUGAAGCCCUCACUCUGGAGCUUUGGUUAUGGUGCAUUCUCUUUGGAAGUGGAGUGCUCCUGUGGGGACAAGUGGUUACCUCCAUCCCAACCAAAAAAUUACCUAAAAAUGUAUUCUCGUGGGGUUCAGGGGAGCCUCAAACGGACCCCAUUGCUGACUUCUCCAUCGAGGAUAAAUUAGAUUCUGAUGGAAAGGAUGGCAAGCGUACGGGUCAAAUUUUGUGGAUCCGUGGCUUGACUCGCCUUCAGACUCAGGAGGAUCAGGAAGGAGAAACACAUGGGGGUGAGAUUCGAGUAGUUAAUGCGUUUCGACAGGGGCUUGAUGCUCGGCCUUCCAACCCGAAUCUGGCGGCAGUGCUGAAGAAGCAGUCAUCCUUGAGCAAGCGGCUGUCUCAGGGGUCUUCAUUGGAAUAUGCAGACAUGUGUCCAGAUCCAGAGGAGCUAACAGUACCCGAGAUCGACGUGGAACGCUUGUCCUCACACAGCCACACUGAGACUGCUGUAUAGGCCCCAGUUUAGGCCCCAUUGCCACUCUCUCAGGGCCAACUGCACCUCCAGCAGCAGUAACAGCGUUGGCAGCAUCGGUAGUGUGAUCAGCAGCAGCAGCAACAGCAGCAGCAGCAACGAAAGCCUUUGUUCACCACUGUAGCAGCUAGUGGGCGCCGCCUGCAGUGUGGUGCCUAGGUGCUGGGCUAUGCUGAAAUUGAAAGUGACUGACUGCGAUAAUCAGGGUGCCUCAGUUUGGUUAGGGCAGUGACAUCUCAUAUAUGGGAGGAACAACGGUUGUGGGUGCUGUACUGUUCCACUAGUAACAGUGGACUCGGCUCCCACAACUAUUUCGUCUUCCUGGGGGUAUGCUCACAUGCAGAUACCCACCCUAAACAUACACCCAAAAAGGGCACACCCACCUGUGCUGUAACUUUUGCCUGUGUAUGGUGCACAGCCACACUUACUGGUGUAUGCCAAGGACUCACUUAACAGUGUGCCGCGCCCCUUGUUUCAUCAUGUCCUACUGUUAAUAGUCUUGUGUAUAGUAAGGGUUGUUAUUGCAUAGUCUACCAAUUAUAGAAAUGGUAAAGGGUUUUUGCCAGAGGGUUAGAUCUGUUGAACAAUACUAAGGACAAAUUACCAUUAUACCUGUAGUCAAAGGAUGUUUUAAACCUCUCUAAGGAAGUUGUGGAAACUUGUAUAUUCAUGAAUGUUCUUGGUUCUUGUUUUCUAAAACCAUGUUGGCUGUUCCUGAUGCUAGAGUCUAUACAUCUCUGUUUUGUUUAUGUUUGGCAGUAUUGUUUUGUCCAUUUGCUGUGUAUGAAAGAUGAGUCCUAGGUUGUAUGACAGAUGGUACCUCUUAGCUUAAGUGGUAUGAUCAUUGCGUUGCUAAAAGUUGUGUGGUGGAGCCAGCCUUGUUAUAAGCCCGACUUCACCCCACACAACCACCACUGAUGUCUAGGUUUAAUUAGACAUCUUUGCAUUUAAUACUAAUAAUCCUAACAUCAUGGGGGUCGUUUUUAUGGAGCAAUAGUUGUUUUGAAAUAUAUAUAAUAGUGAUGAUGCUUGUCAAUAAUUCAAUCACUGAAGGUAAUUGUCAUGUUAUGUAAUUACAAUAUUACAAAUAAAGUGGUGCACGGUUGUUUCCAACCUUAUCACCUGUUACAAUGUUGGCUAGCCAAUGGAACCAAUCCUUAUUGUUGUGCCCAUGUGUGGAGCACUCCAGAGGCCUGCAGUGGAGUACAGUCGCCCUAGGAGUAAACCCUAAGAAUUUGUCACAUCCCUGCAACACCAGCUUACCUGACCUUGGGUAUGUUGAGGACUUUGGACUACAGUUCUGUAGUUGGACCUACAGGGGGACCCUCACCUCACUUUUUGGGGAUGCUCUGUCAGUUGAGUCUGGCAGCAUCUCACCCCUCCCCCCCCCCCCUCAUUCCCUCAUACUUGCUCUACCUAGUCCUCUCCUUAUCUCCCCCCCCCCCCCUCCAUCUUAAAUACCAUUACCCCUCCACCAUCACAACUCCCCACUCCAGGUUGACUCGGUGUCUGUGUGCGUGGUCUGCCCGCUCCCAUCCUGUUCUUAGGUGUGGCAAAUAUGCAUUAGUUUUAAGUCAGUUCUCUGGGCUGUUCACCAAACCAUUACACAUAACAAAUUGUAGUCAAUAGCGAACAGUUAUUUCAUUCUUUUCUGUAGAGAAAGUGAAAGAUUUUCUAAAUACUGAAAUGUUGUAAAUCCAAUAAAUGUUAAUGUAAACUGGUAGAGAUAACCAAGAUUAAACCUUGUGUAAAUCUUCAGUCAGUCAUUUUGUGAUGCUCGUCUCAUGUCAGCCACGACACAACUUUAACCUUUUGUUUGUCAACUAAUUCUAGGACUGAGGAAGUGUAAGAUCAGUGGAAGUUUGAUAAGAAAAGGCCUUGUACUUCUUCUCUUUGUCCAUUAUCUGAUGUGUGUGUGUGUGUGGGGGUUCGUGGGUUGUUUGUGCAGUGUGGAGCGGCUAGCCAAGGAACACUCCAUAUAGCAAAAGAAAAAUGGGAAGACCAACCCACUGUUUGGCCACUGUUGUGGUGCGUGUAGGGAAAAUAUCCCAAGCGCUAAUGCAGCUAUUGAAACUCUGCCACUACCCACGCACUCGAACGCGCGUAGUACUUUAGAUUUUUCGUGGAUAUAAACAAAUGGCUUCUAUUGUUAAUAGGAAAGAACAUUACUUGUUGCGUUUGUUAACUUUAAAAAUACAGGUUUUCAAGAG